UGGCAGGAGCCGUUUCAUCGGCUGCAUAAGCAGCAAGAUCAAAAGUGAGCCUUUUCUGAUUGCUGCAUAGUGUCAAUUGGCCAAUCUCUUCUCCCAGGGAAAAAAAAAAGUAAAUCAAACCUUUGAGAAGCAUUUGCUGGUUGAAGUGCUUUCUGUCUAGUGAGGGGGUCUGUGGAUUUCUAGUUUAUGAUAAAUAGGACUUUAAAAACCAGGGACGGGAGGGUGAGUGCUCAGGUUCUAGAGCUAUGCAGCUGGAGCAUUGCCUUUCUCCUUCUAUCAUGCUCUCCAAGAAAUUUCUCAAUGUGAGCAGCAGCUACCCACAUUCAGGCGGAUCUGAGCUUGUCUUGCACGAUCAUCCCAUUAUCUCGACCACUGACAACCUGGAGAGAAGUUCACCUUUGAAAAAAAUUACCAGGGGGAUGACGAAUCAGUCAGAUACAGACAAUUUUCCUGACUCCAAGGACUCACCAGGGGACGUCCAGAGAAGUAAACUCUCUCCUGUCUUGGACGGGGUCUCUGAGCUUCGUCACAGUUUCGAUGGCUCUGCUGCAGAUCGCUACCUCCUCUCUCAGUCCAGCCAGCCACAGUCUGCGGCCACUGCUCCCAGUGCCAUGUUCCCGUACCCCGGCCAGCACGGACCGGCGCACCCCGCCUUCUCCAUCGGCAGCCCCAGUCGCUACAUGGCCCACCAUCCGGUCAUCACCAAUGGAGCUUACAACAGCCUCCUGUCCAACUCCUCACCGCAGGGCUACCCCACGGCGGGAUACCCCUACCCACAGCAAUACGGCCACUCCUACCAAGGAGCCCCGUUCUACCAGUUCUCCUCUACCCAGCCCGGAUUGGUGCCCGGCAAAGCACAGGUGUAUCUGUGCAACAGGCCGCUUUGGCUGAAAUUUCACCGGCACCAGACGGAGAUGAUCAUCACCAAACAGGGAAGGCGCAUGUUUCCUUUUUUAAGUUUUAACAUUUCUGGUCUCGAUCCCACGGCUCAUUACAAUAUUUUUGUGGAUGUGAUUUUGGCCGAUCCCAAUCACUGGAGGUUUCAAGGAGGCAAAUGGGUUCCUUGCGGCAAAGCGGACACCAAUGUGCAAGGAAAUCGGGUCUAUAUGCAUCCGGAUUCUCCUAAUACUGGGGCUCACUGGAUGCGCCAAGAAAUUUCUUUUGGAAAAUUAAAACUUACGAACAACAAAGGAGCUUCAAACAACAAUGGGCAGAUGGUGGUUUUACAAUCCCUGCACAAGUACCAGCCCCGCCUGCAUGUGGUGGAAGUGAACGAAGAUGGUACCGAGGACACCAGCCAGCCGGGCCGCGUGCAGACAUUCACUUUCCCCGAGACUCAGUUCAUCGCUGUCACCGCCUACCAGAACACCGAUAUUACACAACUGAAAAUAGACCACAACCCUUUUGCAAAGGGAUUCCGAGAUAAUUAUGACACGAUCUACACGGGCUGCGACAUGGACCGUCUGACCCCUUCGCCUAACGACUCUCCGCGCUCGCAGAUUGUCCCUGGCGCCCGCUACGCCAUGGCUGGCUCUUUCCUGCAGGACCAGUUCGUGAGCAACUACGCCAAGGCCCGCUUCCACCCGGGUGCAGGCGCGGGCCCCGGGCCGGGGACGGACCGCAGCGUCCCGCACACCAACGGGCUGCUGUCCCCGCAGCAGGCCGAGGACCCCGGCGCGCCGUCGCCGCAGCGCUGGUUUGUGACACCCGCCAACAACCGGCUGGACUUCGCGGCCUCGGCCUACGACACCGCCACGGACUUCGCGGGCAAUGCGGCCACGCUGCUGUCGUACGCGGCGGCGGGUGUGAAGGCGCUGCCGCUGCAGGCCGCCGGCUGCACGGGCCGCCCGCUCGGCUACUACGCCGACCCGUCGGGCUGGGGCGCGCGCAGCCCCCCGCAGUACUGCGGCGCCAAGUCGGGCUCCGUGCUGCCCUGCUGGCCCAACAGCGCCGCGGCCGCCGCGCGCAUGGCCGGCGCCAACCCCUACCUGGGCGAGGAGGCCGAGGGCCUGGCCGCCGAGCGCUCGCCGCUGCCGCCCGGCGCCGCCGAGGACGCCAAGCCUAAGGACCUGUCCGACUCCAGCUGGAUCGAGACGCCCUCCUCCAUCAAGUCCAUCGACUCGAGCGACUCGGGGAUUUACGAGCAGGCCAAGCGGAGGCGGAUCUCGCCGGCAGACACGCCAGUGUCGGAGAGCUCGUCCCCACUCAAGAGCGAGGUGCUGGCCCAGCGGGACUGUGAGAAGAACUGCGCCAAGGACAUUGGCGGCUACUAUGGCUUCUACUCGCACAGCUAGGCCUCCCCUGCCCGCCCGCCC